CCUUCAUUUAGCCAACAAAUUUCCUGUUUGUCAGCUUUCCCAGAUAUUCACAGCACUCACCGAUCUGAAAACAAACAUGGAGAUUUUCUCUCUCCUUCAGCAACUUCUCUGGAUCUCCCUCUCAUGUUCUGGGGGCUAUUAUGUUUCAGGUCAGGAGUGUUGGGGGAUAGAACCAGUGAUCGAUCCCCCCAGUUUGGUGGUAAAGUAUGGCGAUCCAGCCUCCGCAAUCUGCCGCACUCAGCACAACGCCACAAUGAUACGCUGGGACGCACCCGUGGGAGCCACAAGCAAAGAGAACGCACAGCAGCUGGUCUGGAGUGUGUCCAGCGUCACCGAAUGGACACUGGGGAGAGAUGUACUGUGUUCAGUGUACUACUACACCAACCAUGAUAAUGAAACUAUGGACGAGUACACUAUGGCCUGGAACUAUGGCGAAGACUCAGAAUGCCAGACCCAACUACCCAUUCUCAUUUACAAAAUUCCUGAAAAUGUGACCCUUCGCCUAGUAAACCACACUGGCCCUCUGCUGGAGGGACACGAGUACUUGCUGGAGUGUGAGGUUCAGAGUGUGGCUCCAGUUAACAACCUUACUGUCAUCUGGUUCAGAGGGGACACUGAGCUGAAACGCUCAGGCUACUCUCAGUUCACUAUUAAGGGUGAUCGGUCUCAGAACGUCACUGUGAGAACUAAUCUGAGUAUCAUAGCUUCCACAGAAGACAACAAAGCCUCCUACAGCUGUGCUGCCCAUCUGAACCUGAACACAGCUGAGCCCAUUCCUGAUGCCAGAUCGAAAACGAUACAGCUGAUAUCAGGGAUUACAUUGUCCCCAGAGCACGGGAUGGAGAGAGGGCAAGAGCAGGACGGAGAGAGAGAGGACACACAGCGGGGGCAAGACCUGGAAGAACCAGGCAAUCCGACGGGAAUCAUCAUAGGUGCGGUGGUUGUUUCAGUGCUGGUCGUGAUCCUGGCAGCAGCGAUUCUGAUCGGGACGAGACUCAGUAACAGAGAUAAGCCUCACUGACGAGAGAGCACAUCCAUGAGGAAUGAAAAUCACCAGGUGGAGGACAGCCUGUAGACUAUCCAUGAGGAAUGAAAUCACCAGGUGGAGGACAGCCUGUAGACUAGGCUUUGAAUGAUGGGCAAAGUACAAAGUCUUAAGUCUCACUAAAGCUAAUUUAAUAACUAAACCAUUAUUAUUAUUAUUACUUUUAUUAUUAUUAUUAUUAUUAUUUGUUUUAUAGUUUUGUAAUUAUUUUUUAUAACUAAGCAAAAACAAUUUGCAAAUUUAACGCCACUGGAAAAACAUUACGAGCAAACACUGGGGGUCAGCUCAAUGUUCUCACGUGCUGCACUAUAAUGAGAACUCAUGCAGGAGACUUUGUGUUCUCACAUGCUGCACUAUAAUGAGAACUCAUGCAAGAGACUUUGUGUUCUCUCAUGAGAACUCAUGCAGGAGACUUUGUGUUCCCACAUGCUGCACUAUAAUGAGAACUCAUGUAGGAGACUUUGUGUUCCCACAUGCUGCACUAUAAUGAGAACUCAUGCAGGAGACUUUGUGUUCUCACAUGAGAACUCAUGCAGGAGACUUUGUGUUCCCACAUGCUGCACUAUAAUGAGAACUCAUGUAGGAGACUUUGUGUUCCCACAUGCUGCACUAUAAUGAGAACUCAUGCAGGAGACUUUGCCUGUUGACAGACUGCGCACUUUGUGCCCCAUUUGAGUAGAGGCCUGUGGGUGUCGGGCUCAUAUUAGGUGGUCAGAUUUGUUGGAAUGAGACCUUGUGUGGGCCAGAUUUUUAAAAUGUAUUUAUUUUCGCUAAAAUCAAUUUGACUUAUUAUGUAUUUGGGCUACUUGCAGAUUUAUGCAUUUUCUUCCAAUAAUUGAAGAACAGAUACCAAUCAUGUCAAUAACACCCACGUCGAAUAACAUUAAGCAGAAAAUAACUAACGUAGGAGCAGAAAACAAGAUGGCGACAGUAUGAAACAGGAACAGAUCUUAGCUAAAGCUUGUUGCGUCUUCAUGAAUUCACUUACACGUCUUGUCGUGGUAGUGUAAACCUGCUGAAUUUCACCACUGACUACUCAAAAUGUUAUUACAAAUGUUUGGCAAUAUGGAAAGGAUCCCAACAGAGAUAUGCCAAUGUCUUUUUUACCUUUAUCAAUGUAAAUAAAAUAAAAUAAGAGUUUUGUAAA